ACCUGAACGGCUCUCGCGACCCAGGGCAGCCUCCGCCGCGAUGGCUGCUGUCACGGCCCCAACCUCCUCUUCUUCCUCCUCUGGCUGGGCCUUCACCUGCAACUUUGAAGUUGAUUACGGAUCUGAAGAACAUGCUACCAUUGUGUACAAGACGUUGGUCGUCGACAAGGAGUUGCAGCCAGAUAAGGUCAGGAGGGAGAUGACUGUUUCUGGUGGCAAGCUUAUCGUGCGCUUUGAAGCAGUAGAGGCCCGAUUUCUGCGAGCAUCAUUCAGCGCGUUUGUCGAUCUUAUGGUACUUGUGACGAAGCUUGUCGAAGAAUAUGGUGUAAGCAAGGAGGCGCAUUCAUCGUCAUGAGCUAGUUAGUGUUAGUCAGUGACGAAAUGUAUCUGCCUAGUCUCUUCAUCUGUGAAGGUACUGAUGAAUGUAUUGUUGAUUUUGAAUGAAAACUUCUGUACUGUGCAUGCCCCAUUCACAAAUCAUUGUAAUGAGAAAGAAACACAGUAGACCCAUUCACAAAUUCUCUGUACAAGAUUUAAAGGUUAAACAUAUCUUAAAUUUGAGGGGAA